AUGGCUACCGCGACAGACGAUGUGAAAGUGGGGGGUGCAGGUCAAGACAGGAAGAUCGAUGAUGUGGGGGAGAAGAGGGAGAUUUCGGAUAGCGAGCUUGAGGCAACGGUGAUUGACUACGAUGGGCCGGAGGCGCGGAGAAUACUGGCCAAGGUAGACUGGCGACUGGUCCCCGUUUUGUCGCUCUUAUAUCUCGUCGCGUUCAUCGAUAGAAGUAACAUUGGGAAUGCGAAGGUCGCGGGUUUGACGACCGAUCUGGGCAUGCAUGGACUGCAGUAUAACACUGCGGUCACGCUUUUCUUCGUGCCGUACACUUUGCUCGAAGUUCCUAGCAACAUCAUUUUGAAAUUGAUGCGGCCGAGCCGAUGGAUUGCGAUUCUUAUGCUUGCGUGGGGUCUGGUCAUGACGCUGAUGGGUUUGGUCCAUAGCUAUGGAGGUCUCCUGGCCGGACGAUUCUUCCUCGGUGUGGCUGAGUCCGGUUUCUUUCCAGCCGCAACUUUCCUCCUGACACUUUGGUAUCGCCGAUACGAAGUGCAGCGGCGCAUGGCUGUUUUCUACGUUGCAGCGUCGCUGUCGGGUGCGUUCUCGGGCCUGUUGGCAUUUGCCAUCCAGAAGCUCGAUGGCUAUGACGGCCGUGAAGGAUGGCAAUGGAUCUUCAUAAUCGAGGGUCUGAUUCCUGUUGCGCUAGCCUUGGUAAUCUGGAAAGUUCUCCCGGACUCGCCUGAGACUGCCAGCUUCCUCAAACAGUCUGAAAGAGACUUCCUCGUACGAAGGCUUGCCGAAGAAACAGGAAGUGGCCAUGGCAGAGUUACAAACCAAGACAAGAUGGGGAAGAAGUUUAUCAUCGCAGGUUUAUCCGAUUGGAAGGUAUGGGCUGGUGUGGUGAUCUUCUGGGGGAACACAGUAGGCGUGUAUGGGUUCACGGCGACAGUACCCACGGUGAUCAGCCAGCUCGGCUACUCGGCGGCAAACGCGCAACUCCUCACGAUACCAAUCUACGUUUUCGCAUCGAUCAUGACCAUCAUCUUCGCAUGGUGGUCCGACCGCGUUCAGACACGCUCGCCAUUCAUCAUCGUCGGCUUCUUAAUCGCCUGCUGCGGGUUCAUAGCCCAGCUGGCGAUUCCACACCCAAAGUAUCCUGGACUGACGUACGGCUUCCUCUUCCCGGUUGCUGGUGGACUAUACUGCCCGUUCAUCAUCCUCGUCUCGUGGAUCGCAAACUCUCUAGCACCGUCCAGCAAGCGCGCAGUCGGCAUGGCGUUGCUGAUUUCAGUUGGUAACAUGGGUGGAAUCAUGGGGAGCAACAUCUAUCUUGACCGAGAGAAACCAAAAUACAAGACGGGUUUUGGAGUGUCCCUUGCGAUGUGCUUCGCGGCGGUUUUAAUGACCUUUGUGCUGAGGUGGGCGUAUCAGAGAGAGAAUAGCAAGCGCGAGGAACUGUUAAGGGAGCACGGCGAGGCAGCGAUUCGAGCGCGGUACUCGGACCAGGAGAUGCUGGAGUUGGGCGACAAGAGUCCCUUCUUCAAGUACACACUUUAG